AGAAAAGCUGAGGGGACGAGAGAGACAGAUCAGUCGUGGUGCCGCCGCCGUCCGUCCGUCCGUCCCUUCCUCCCGUCCCUCCCUAGCCAUGAAUAGUCUCCGCUGGUCCCCGAUUGGAGCUGUGCAUGGCAAGUAGGCAGUGGUCUGGACUCAUUGCUGCAGUGUGGAUAGCAGCCUCCAUCCCGGCAAGUGCUUGUGCUCCUGGGUCGCCGGUCUUCCCCUCCAUCUCCACCUUCACCUUCAUGGAUGCUGCCUGGGUCCUCCCAAGCAAUCCCUGCUCUCUGGCUCUGUAGAAGGUGGGGUGGUGCCUGAUGCCUGUCAUCCCCAUCCCGCGGCGGGUCCGCUCUUUCCAUGGCCCCCACACAACAUGCCUGCACUCUGCAUGUGGGCCGGUCAGGACCACCCACUUGGUGCGCACCAAGUACAACAACUUUGACAUCUACCUGAAGUCCCGGUGGAUGUAUGGCUUCAUCCGUUUCUUGCUGUACUUCAGCUGCAGCCUGUUUACCUCCAUCCUGUGGGUGGUGCUGUCAGUCUUGUUUUGCCUCCAGUACCUCAGCAUCCGGGUCUUUCUCCGUUUCCAGUACAAACUCACCAUCUUCCUGCUGUUGCUGGGAAGGAGGCGUGUGGACUUUAGCCUCUUCAACGAACUGCUCAUCUAUGGCAUCCAUGUCACCAUGCUGCUGGUGGGGGGGCUGGGCUGGUGCUUCAUGGUCUUUGUGGAUAUGUGAAUAAAUAAAAAACCAGUGCAUGUCGGUCAAGGAGGCAUGUUGGACUCUAA